AACUUGUGCUCUUUUCAGCAAACAGAAGGAGUGGUGAUAACAUUGAAUCCGAUUAUCAAAACCGAUAAAACGGAUUUGCAAAAGAUGUGCGCAAUGUACAGGCAUGCACUGAGAUGUAUAGGACCUGUCGCAUAUACUGAGUGCCGCAAAUCACAUCCAAUAUUGGCGGAAAUUGAUGCGAUUUAUGGUUACGUUUGUGGUACGAAACAACGAAUUUUUGAGACACAUCUGGAUUGUAUACAAAAAUUACACAUUGAAAGUUAUCGUCUGGCCGUUUGUGAGGAUUCAACACAUCGAGCAAUGAGAUUCAUUGAUGCAUCAGCAUCCGAUGUCGUUGAGAAACAGGUUAUUUCGCACCUCGUCCCCCGUGUAUUGUUGCAGAAACAAAAAUGUGAGGCGUUGAAUUGGAUGAUGCGAUGUGAAAAAUCGACAAUUCUAAAGCGAUGCUCCCUUGAAGCAAGCAUUGUCAACGACGAAUCAUUAAUAAGCGCAUCACAAUAUAUAUCACCGGGCAAAACGUUGGAGUUGGACGUUAGAAGUCACGAGAAAGAAACAAGCAUCGCAUAUCAGGUGGCAUACGGCUAUAAGAAGCAUGAGCUGAGAAGACUGUGUGCCGACUAUAACAACGCAUUGAAGAACACAAAAUCAGUCGUGAAACGGAAUUGCAUUCGUCGAUUUGCAACAUAUAACAUUGUGAGAAACGAAAUUAACGAUUCAUCUCAAAUUUACACCUCAAAUUAUUUAAAUAUUGUAUUUAUGCAUUCUGCGUAUGCACUAGCGUUUUUAGCUGAAGAACGAACUGCAUAUGUUGGCCCUUCUAAACAAAGGGAUCAUUCAUUUAAUCCGAUUUUGCAUUUGCAGGUUUACUUCCAACUGAAUUAUCCAUGUGGACACGGCACAAGUGAGAACUUUUUCCGGCAUUUCAACUGCCUUAGUAAGGUGCGACAAGACGAAAAGAUUGUUAAAUGUGAGAAGAAUGCGGCAAGGGCAUUAGACGAUCCCAGCAAUGAACCUUGUGACGCUUAUUCCAUCCUCAGCGAAUGCAUGUACGAUACUGUCGUAAAUAAGUGUGGUUACGACGCAUGGGAAAUAGACUAUCAAUAUUUGUCACACUUAGUCGGUAAUACAGUACCAAAUUGUCGGAUGAAACGUAUCGUUCGGAAUGAUCAUUCUAAACCGACACGAGCGGCAUGA